AUGGCGAGCUUUUUCGACCUCAAAGCCAGGAAGGCUGCCGCUGCGAACGGCACGUCAGCCCAGAAGCAGGAGAAAUCUGCGCAACCGCCAGGAGCACAGCCAUGGGUCGAGAAAUAUCGCCCCAAGACUCUCAGCGAUGUCACAGCACAAGACCACACCGUCACGGUCUUGCAGAGAACGCUGCAAGCCUCCAACUUGCCGCACAUGCUCUUCUACGGCCCACCAGGCACGGGAAAGACUUCCACAGUAUUGGCUUUGGCCAAGGAGCUCUACGGCCCCGAGAUGAUCAAGUCGCGCGUGCUCGAACUCAAUGCCUCUGACGAGCGUGGAAUCUCAAUUGUCCGAGAGAAGGUGAAGGAUUUUGCUCGCAUGCAGUUAACGAACCCGACGAACGAGUAUAAGAAGAGAUACCCUUGCCCGCCCUUCAAGAUUAUCAUCUUGGAUGAGGCCGAUUCCAUGACACAAGACGCACAAAGUGCCCUGCGCCGCACCAUGGAAACAUACAGCAAGAUCACGCGAUUUUGUCUGAUUUGCAACUACGUCACGCGAAUCAUUGAUCCUCUAGCCAGUCGUUGCAGCAAGUUCCGUUUCAAGAGCUUAGACCAGAGCAACACCAAGAAGAGACUGGAGGAUAUCGCAGAGAAUGAGGGCGUGGAGCUGGAGGACGGCGCUGUGGACGCCCUCAUCAAGUGCAGUGAGGGUGAUCUGCGAAAGGCCAUCACAUUCCUGCAGAGUGCUGCGCGGCUAGUGGGUGCGGGCGAUAAAGAUGCCGCCAGAGGUGAUGCUAUGGACGUUGACAAGAAGCCCGUCACGGUGAAGAUCAUCGAAGAUAUCGCUGGUGUCAUUCCUGACGAUACCGUUGACACAUUAGUCUCUGCCAUCCGACCGCAAGGUGCCGGGGACACAUACGCAGGGGUGGCAAAGGUGGUCGAGAACAUGGUGGCAGAUGGCUGGAGUGCCGGACAGGUUGUCACCCAGCUGUACCAGGCCCUCGUGUUUGAUGAGACAAUCCCGGAUGUACAAAAGAACAAGAUUGUCCUUAUCUUUUCUGAGGUCGACAAAAGACUUGUAGAUGGCGCGGAUGAGCACUUGUCUAUCCUCGAUCUGGCCCUGAGGAUAUCGGGGGUUAUGAGUGGUCGUGGCAAUUAG